UGCUCCGACGCGUGUGCACAAGCACGCUCUUAAUGCUCGCGAAUCCGCGACGGUGAUUCUAAUUCGUUGUGACGGUAAUGACGUUACGGGGCUGAUGUUAUGUCGUAACGCAUCACGCGUCUUUUCGCACUCUCGACCGAAUCGCGAGCAGCGGUCGUUAUGAUAUAAUGGCGGUGGAUAAGAUUCAACCACCAAGUAUAACUGCGUGAUGUAUCGUCCUAAUGGGGUACUGAUCCUUGUGAGUUGUCUCAAUGUUCUGUCUGGGUUCAAGUUUUGAAACGUUAGCGAGAUCUCGCAUUUCAUUUUGACGAGUGUCGAGCAAAAUGCACGGCUUUGACGUUAAGAAUCGUGACAAGUGUCGUAAUAUGAUUAAUGAUACAAAUAUUCUGAGAGAUAUGAUAAAAAUAUUCUGAGAGAUCGCGAUAGUAUUUAGCGAAGGGUGUUUCGCGAUUCUUAGCUGCGCGAACUAUCUUUGGUGCGUCAUGCCGAAGAGUGUGGCAUUUCUUGCCUUUGAGGUAUCCUUCGAUUUCCCGAAACAUAAUAAGAGGAGACAACAGUCACGAAUAGGCACUGACGGUACCGCAUUCCGGUUAUAUGAACGACGUCACGUGGCGCGAUGGAUAGCUACUCGAGAGUCGCGAUUGCGACGUUUAGUGGGUCAAAGACGUCGCGGCGUGUGUUUUCUGAGAAAAUUGUACAAAUGUUCAGUACCAUUAACGACACACGGGACUAAUUGAAUCAACGAAUGAGAGACGCGACUUCCAAGCGAAGAAAAGUGCAAAAGUAACAGUGAUGGGAAAGCGAGAGUGAAAUGCAACAGACAUGCUACGGCAUCACGCUUGUUAACCACGAUGAGUGCUACAUGUUGGUGUCCCAUAUCGAAAAGAAUACAUAUCCGUCCUACGUUGAUUUCAACGCGAGUGCUAUUUAAACGUACAUUCAUCUAAUUGCAAACCUUUGGUUCCGUCACGCAUUUCUUUCCAGGUGUCGAUACUUUUAUUAAAAAUGUCCAUUUCUUAGACUCACGAGCUCAUGUAUUUUCCACAUGGAAAGAAACCAAGGCUACGACUUGAUCGUGGCUUGUAGUUAGAAUCUCGCUGUGUGUUAUGCUUUUACACACCUACGUAAGCCCGGCCUUAUUUUGCCCGUGUGCAAAAUGCUGUGAUAUUUUACACGACUGCCAAAUAUUUUACACACUCGCUGUAAUUAAGAGGUGAAUCGUGUAAUUGCGAGUCGAUUUUUCAGAUCUCAUCCCGAGUCCACGGGAACGAUUUUUGUCGUUUUUCGAAAAGAUAGAUUGUGGAAAGUUGCGUUAUCGCGAUAGGCUGCAGUUACGCUGCAGUUCCACAGGAAAAUAUUCACUCUCGUUUUUUUUCUAGCGUGAAAAAAUUACGCGAUCAAGCCCCAGAGUUCCAGAUAAGAAUAGUUGCCAAUAACAUCGAGGUAUAUACGCGCCCUAGUAAUAACAAAUCGAUGUUUUGUAUAUAUAGGCACAUUCAGUCGUGUUCAGACAACGGCAUGUGCGGCAUUGCUCAGUUUACCGUACAUAAGAUCGUUAUUAAUAUUGAUAAUAUCCCAUUAUAUCCGAUGAUAUCCGAGAAGCGUUCAUAUUAUCGAGGUAACAUAAGGUUAAUUAGACCCAGCUGACACUUCCAUUCAAUAUUUUUCAUGCUCCUCUGCGUUCAUCGGCGCAUUUUCAAUAUCAACCUAAAAUCAUACAUACAUAAUUCAGCAUCGAAUGCGACAGUUUACUUCAGGAUUUCAUUCAGGAUCAGAAUGAACAUUGCGUGCGAUGUCAAUGUCACGCCGAAAAUUAUACCAUAUUUAAUAUCGACAUUCGGGUUGAUAUCUCGUCAAUUUUCGUAAUUUUCAGUUAACCUUCCACAAGAGGGUUUCCUCCCAUUGUGACUUCUACAUUGUUUGCAGAGAGAUACUAAUUAAAUAUACCUGACGUUUAAGCCGUAUCCCUGCUGCCUUCCGACUUUUAUUUUUAAAAUACGAAAGUUCCGCGCGGGCACCGCUACUGCCGUUGUCAAGUUCGAUGACUUUGCCUGACGUUUUCUAUGAAUACUUAUGCAAUACGAAGCAGGAGUUACAUCUGUACGAUUGUAAACCUGCUGCGAACCCCUAUUCGGCGCGAGUACGCGAUCCUAAUGCGCGGCUCGAGUGUUGCAUGAUCACACCUAACCAUCGCCGCAAAACCUCGUCCACGUGCUUUGCUUUCGCAGCGGCGGCCGACCGGCGUUCGGACGUCGGCGCCGAAAUUGCAAGUACCGCAGCUCUGCUCGACUAUCGACCACGAAUGCACGCCCGCCACGGUCAAGGCGCAGCCGCGGCCCAGGCGCGGUCGCCUCGAUCAAAGCUGUCAGACUUCCUCCACCUCUGGGUCAACAACAUCCGACUGCUCUACUCCUGGAGCAACUUGAACAACCUGGGUCCACCGCAACUAUCAUCAGACGCGAUGGGUAAUCUGCAGAGCGACGGCAAGAAGAAGCAGAAGAAGAAGGAAGCCGCGGUUUCACCGGCAUCAACAUCCAUGGCAGAGCUCGAUGCGACAGUCGAGGACCAUGGGAAGGAUAACAAAAAGGACCAAGCGCCUAGAGUGGCGGAUGGGCGCGACGUAUCUCGCGACACAAUCAAGAUCAGCUUCGAGAAGGUGCAGCCGCCCGGGCAUGCCAAGAGGCAGGCGCCGCAGCCACCAAAGAUUGUGUUAUCCCAGGACACACAGAAGGAUGUGGAGUUUGAGUAUCGCAAUGAUACUGCGGUAGCCGCGGCGAAAUCUGGUGCAACUAUGACGGAGACUUACCGUCCAAGCAUCACGACCCCGACGACGACACCAGCGCAGACCCCGACAACAUCGCAGACCCAACAACUGCCACCUUUGCUGGUGACCGAUUCGUGGCGUUUGGCCAACAAGAGCCUGGUCGUUACUGAUAUGCCGACUCCACCCAGCCAAGAGUCAUCGAGUGAUAGCGUGUUCACGGAUCCUGAGGAACUCGCCUCGAUUUCCGGCGCGAAUGUUCCGGCGGCGGAAGCGGCGAGAGUACCACCCGAAAAGAAGCCGGCUCCAGAGAGCCGCAACAAAGAGGAGAAAUCGGCGUUUACAAUCUCGAGGCAUAAGAAAAUUCACCUGUCGAUGCUGAGUCCCCGAAUAGCGCUGAGCGAGAACACAGACGCAUUGAGCCCGACAUCGAGCACCACUCUUCAAAGACGGCACAGCAUCACCGAAUCUUCCGUAAGCGAAGGUAUCGUGCUGAGAAGAGUGGCUAGUUUGACCCUCGAUCGAACUACAAAGAAGAAGGCUCUGAAGAAUGUCGUUCCUCCGAAGAUGAUCCGUUGCAAAGAAUGCGAAGAACAACAACUGCCAUUUCGUCUGACUUCUGCGCUAUCCAGCCGCGGUGCGAAACAUGAUGUCUUGUCCACGAUGGAUCGGAUAGACACACUGGCAGACGGGCUGCUUCCAAGUCGAAUCAACUCGAGCCAAACAUGCCACGGAUUCUGCGAAGAAGAGGUGAAGAAACUGAGAGAUGAGAUUAAACGGCUACGCGAGGUGUCGACGAAAAGGGAGAUAAAUACCAAAUGCCAGUCUACUCAAACUUCACCGAAAAAGUCGUCGCCGAUCGAUGGACAUGUCGGUGAAACGAACAAUCUGAAUACCAAUAGCAUUCGAAAAUCGUCAUCGAUAAAGAAAGACAUCACUGAUCUCGAAGACAAAGUGAUCCUCGCGCCUUCUUCCGCGAAUAUGAUGCGCAACGAAAUUUUCGUGCCGUUGCAAACGCCCUUGCCGCCGGAACCGAUCUCAAAGAACAGAUGCACAUCAAUCAUGUCGGAGAAGCCCUUCAUUCCGCCACCACCGCCUCCGCCCCCGUCGUCACCGUUCGCACAGACAACUGGAUCGGCAAUACCGAGUAUCGAAAAGACGAUUUCGACGAUCACAUCGGGGUUGUCAGAUAUUUCCACUAGGAUACCAACGCCGCCGAUGCCGAUGCAAAGUAUCGCGAGUACUCUUUUCUCAUCGCCACCUCCACCACCGCCGCCACCUACGCCGAUACUAAACAUGACAUCUUCUCCAUCAUCACGCUCUUCUCUAUGUAAGAGUGGGAUGCCUCCGCUGCCUUCUCUAGAGAGUAUCAUAAACGCGGUGCCACCGCCGCCACCACCUCCACCCCCAUGUCCGUUUGCGCUAGCGCAGGGCGUCUCAAGCGGCAUACCUUUGCCGCCGCCACCACCUCCGCCUCCACCGCCACCGCCACCACCUAUGACUACUACCAUGAGCGCGAUUCCGCCGCCACCACCACCGCCCACACCGAUGCUGAACACAUGCGGGAUUCCACCACCGCCUCCUCCACCUCCUCCUCCUGCUCCUGCUCUAUCGUCUCCGUUCACGACUGGCGAGGUGCCUUCGCCGCCACCGCCGCCACCACCGUUACCUGGGGCGAUGCAGAGCUCUAUGAGCGGCCCACCUCCUCCACCAGCACUGCCAGGUAUUGCGUCCACGCUAGAUGGUAUACCUCCUCCGCCGCCACCCUUUGUCGGGACAUCAGCCGCGGGUCCACCUCCACCACCGCCCAUGACACCAGGUGCGAGUGGACCCUGUCCUUUACCUGCUCCACCGGUUGGAGGGUGGAAUCCGCCGAGCAGGGCCAUUAUGAGGAAGCAACCUUUAAAUCCUGACGUGCCUAUGAAGCCGCUUUACUGGACAAGGAUUUUAGUGCCCGUUACUGCGACUAGUCCAGAUUCCGUAGAGGCUCCAGAAUCAUCAUCACCGCUUCAGUCGCCUCUAUGGUUAGAACUUACCGAGGAAGAGAAUAUAAAUAUGAAGGAAUUCGCGGAUCUAUUUUCGCGACAAGUGAGACAGAAGAAUUUAAGCAAGAAGAGCGACGACGAGACACCUAAGAAAUCCAAAGUGCAACCAGCAAAAAUACUGGACUCGAAGCGCUCGAAAAUGGUAGGGAUUUUAGAGAAGAGUUUGCACAUCGACUUCAGUGAGAUCGAGAAUGCGGCUUAUAACUUGGACACGAGUGUGAUCAGCCUCGAGGCGUUGCAACAGAUUUACGAAAUCAAACCAACAGAGAAGGAAAUAGCAGAGAUCGCAGCUCACGAAGAAGUGAAUCCGGAUAUUCCUCUCGAUCAACCGGAACUUUUCCUCAAACGGUUAUCCGGCAUCAAGCAUUUCUCCGAGAGAAUAGCCUGCCUGAUGCUGCAGGCGGACUUUCAAGACGCGAUUUCGUCGGUUUCCUACAAACUGAACAAUGUGCAAACAACCUGCGACUUUCUGAUCAAAUCCGAGCCCUUGAGGAAAGUGAUGGCCAUCAUACUGACUUUGGGCAAUUACAUGAACGGUGGCAAUAUGAUGCGUGGCCAAGCGGACGGUUUCGGACUCGAGAUCCUCAGUAAACUGAAGGACGUCAAGUCCAACACACAAGGUAUCACCCUGCUGCACUACGUCGUGAGAGCGAAGUUGUCCCAAGAGAAGGAACAUAACUUCGAUGAGCCGUUACCUCUACCCAUUCCCGAGCCGGCCGACGUAGAAGCCGCUUCUGCGAUCAAGUUCGAGGAAUUAGCCAAGGAGCUCGAUAAAUUGGAGAAGGAGCUGCACGCGUGCGCGCAGAAGUGCGAAACGGUCGUGAAUGCAGACCCAGCUACGUCCAAGAUAUUUAAGGAGAAGGUGGACUCAUUUAUGACGAGAGCGAAUGCCGAAUUGAAAAGCGGACAGGAGCUAUUGCUGGAGGCUAAAAACAAGUUCAAGGACGUCAUGCGAUUUUAUCAGUUUAUUCCCAAAGGCGCCACCAUGGAUACCGCGGAGCCGCAUGAUUUUUUUAAUCUGUGGCUUGGUUUCUGCCGAGACUUUAAGGAUAUCUGGAAGAAGGAGCAACAGCGAAUAUGCAAGGAACGACUGGAGGAAGUUCGUAGGAAGCUCGAGAGCAAGCCCGAUGUUGUGAGGGUGAAACUAAGUCCUCACGGAUUGAAAGCGCGCUUACAGAAAUUAACGAACAAAAAACAAGCUCACAGAUAGUCCCGUCGAGAUCGGCGCAAACCGGUAGCGCCCCUCGGAAUUUGGAUCGCGAACGAUUCGCUUCCCGUUACCGCAGAAUUACAAAUCACUCAUUUCACACUUGACUCUACAGCCGCACGGCGCGCACUGUGAGAGGAUUUAAUUGUAUAUAUUAAGUUUUAAAAUUCGCACAUUAUCUCGUUCCUUCCUUCCCGAUCAAAUCGAAAAUAAGGAAUAAGCGCGAGCCGUUGUAUUCGUUACAGUGGAAACGGCGCGACCUCGAAAAAUCUAUUUAUCUACUUUUCUUAUGAAUAUUGCAAACACUUAUCUCGAAUUGCUCAAAAAUAGAAAGCGAUUCGGUCUGUUUAAACACCAAUCGAUCAAUUACACGGUGGUACUGAGAGUAUUUUAAAUACGCGCAACGAAGCAUGAUGAAUUUCGAUCCGAAUUCAAUACGAAUUAUCGAUCACGAAUUUUCCUUAGAUCAGUCGAUGAAAUGCGAUAAGUUAUGUUACGCGAAUUAUAGCUGUUAUACGGACUGAAAUGUUAACAAUGCACUGAAAGAUAUAAUGUAUACUUAUCGUUAGACACGUUUUCAGAAAAGUUCAUUAUCAUAUCGAGUAUCGAGUAGUCUGGCGGCAGCUUUACGGGUAUCGCUUGUAAACAAAUUGCAAACACGUUCCAAUCUCACUGUUACACAGUAACCCGACGAUCAUAAAAGAUUGGAGACUUGUUUGGUAGAAGAAAAUCCUACAUAAGCUCUGUUCCUCUCAGUCGUGCUUCCUCACUUUCUUCUCCUGUGCCACUUCUCAAAUAGCACUAAAUGUCCUGAGAUCAUCCUGAAUGUGCUCAAGACGUUUCUAGGAAACACCUAAGAGCAUUCUGGACACAUUCUGGCUGCUUUUAGGGCACUUUGUGCUAUCUCAGUUGUUUUUUACUCGCUUGCUUAUCGUUUAAUACAAAAACGAACAUAUGCAAAGGAGAAGACCGCGAGAAGAUGCUGAAGACACGACUAAGGACACAUUCGUAGAUACUAUACAAACGUCCACGGUGGCUAGAAAGUGUGUGCCUCUUCGUACCAUACACUUAAUCUAUGAAUUUUCAUUUCUCUGAAGCGGAAACUUCAAGAGAAAGAUAUUGAUCGUGAUAUUGUCAUUGUUGUUAAAGCCCGUUACCAAUAUUUAUUUAUUUAUUUAUUUAUCCGUUUGUGUUAAUUUAUAGCAGAUUGUCAUGGAUCAAUAAAUAAGAAUGUAAAUAGAACGUUGACUGUACGAGAUAUUAAUGUGUUUAAUAAAAAUCCUUUAUAUAUUUAAA